ACCCCCUUGUGUCCGAGUCCUCAUCAAAAACAGCUGUCUCCAUUAUGACGACCCACUUGAGAGCAAUACAUAUGUACCCCUUACAUUUGAAUGCUUACCAUUUGUCUGAACAUAAGAUAACAAAAUACUUAGCUUUCUUCAGUAUUACGUAAUUGGUGAUAUUUUAUAAAUUCAAAAUGUCACGUGAACGUGCUAACGCUCGAGAACGAUGCCGGCAAAAAUCAAUCGGCAACGCAUUCAACAUGUUGCGCAACCAUCUUCCGAAGCAAUUACGAGAUCGAAAACCGUCGAAAGCGGAGACCUUAAAGUCAGCUGCGCAAUAUAUAUCUCAUCUAUUGAGGAUUUUGGAGAAAGAAAUAGAAAACUCUUCGAAUAAUUUAAAAGAUGAACAUCAAAAAGACCCUAGUUUGACCACGCCUUCACAUCUGAAUUCGAAAAUUGAAGUAUGCUAUGCACACCAAAAUGGAGAAUGGGUCCCGCCAGAAUGUCAUUUUGUUGUGAACUAUGAUUGAAUAUUUAUUUUUAUUAAUUGUGUAUUGUUUUACCCACUCAUUUUUAUGCAAUUUUUACACUAAUCAAACUUUAUCAAAAAAACCAAUUUUCUAUUAAUAAAUGUGAAUGAAUAGGUA